AUGGAAUUGCAAUCCAUUAGGGCUAAUUUUUCAGAGUACAUACCAUAUGUGGUUACUGCUGUGGGAUUUCUUCUCUUCCUUGAACAAAUUUCCUAUCUGAAAAGGAAAAAGUUCUUACCAGGCCCAACACUGGUUCUUCCCUUCAUAGGUAAUGCAAUUUCAUUAGUUACAAAUCCCACGAAGUUCUGGGACAAACAAUCUUCCUUAGCCAAAUCAACCCCUCUCGGAAUCUCCUCAAACUACAUCAUCGGAAAAUUCAUUGUUUACAUCUAUUCCACUGAGCUGUCUCACAAAAUCUUCGCCAAUGUUCGCCCCGAUGCCUUCCAUCUCAUCGGACAUCCCUUUGGGAAGAAGCUGUUUGGUGAGCACAAUUUGAUCUAUAUGUUUGGCCAAGACCACAAAGACUUGAGGCGUCGGAUUGCCCCUAAUUUCACUCCAAAAGCAUUAGCUACUUAUACUUCCAUCCAGCAGAGGAUAAUUCUCAAGCAUUUGAAAUCAUGGCUGGAAGAGGCCGGCGGAAAAGCCAUCCCACUUCGGAUCCUCUGCCGCGAUAUGAACUUGGAAACGUCACAAACAGUGUUCGUGGGUCCCUACUUGUCUGGUGAGGCAAGGAACAGGUUCAACGUUGACUACAAUUUCUUCAACGUUGGCCUGAUGAAGCUUCCCAUAGAUUUGCCUGGGUUUGCCUUCAGGAACGCCAGAUUAGCAGUUCAAAGGUUAGUUGACACGCUUACUGUGUGCGCGGAAGAAAGCGAGAAGAAAAUGCAACACGGAGAAGAGCCCACUUGCUUGAUUGAUUUCUGGAUGCAGGAGAAUUUGAGGGAAAAAGCCGAAAUCGAAGCCAAAUCGAAAGAAUCCGGCGAUCACGCUCACGAGGCAAGCAAAUACAGCCACGAAGAGCUCGGCGGACAUUUGUUCGACUUCCUCUUUGCAGCUCAAGAUGCUUCCACUUCUUCAUUGUUGUGGGCUAUUGCCCUUUUAGAUUCGCACCCCGAAAUUCUCGAAAGGGUCCGGUCGGAAGUCUCGAAAUACUGGAACCCGGAAUCCGGCGAGCCCAUCACCGCCGAGCAGAUGAGGGAGAUGAAGUUCACGGAGGCGGUGGCGAGAGAGGUGAUCCGGAUCAGAGCUCCGGCGACGAUGGUGCCGCACAUUGCCGGAAAGGAGUUCCCCUUGACUGAGAAUUACGUCAUUCCCAAGGGGACCAUCGUUUUCCCGUCGGUGUUUGACUCUUCGUUCCAAGGGUUCACUGAACCGGAUCGGUUCGACCCGGACCGGUUCAUGGAAGAGAGGCAGGAGGAUCGGGUCUACAAGAGGAACUUUCUAGCUUUCGGAGCCGGGGCCCACCAGUGCGUGGGCCAAAGGUACGCUAUCAACCACCUGAUGCUGUUCAUAGCCAUGUUUUCGACGCUGGUGAAUUUCAAGAGGGAAAGAAUGGACGGCUGUGAUGACAUCGCCUAUGUUCCCACCAUUGUUCCCAAGGACGAUUGUAGGGUGUUUCUUUCCCAAAGGUGCAAGAAAUUCCCCACUGUUUCAUGA